UUCCGCCCCAUAGACAGAGCAUGUUCCAUUGUAGGAUCUCCUCGAAAGAGUGCCGUAAUCGUUAGAGGUGCACGUCGUUAAAUGUGUAAUUUAGUCAAAGUUGGUUAGAAAGCUGUAGCCGCCAGUGUUUUUAUAGCUCGGAGUUACAGAUAGGUUGUUGUCGUACGCGCAGAAGCGACGGCUGGUUACAGGGACGAACUGCGGCGGUCUCACCGAAGGAAUUCCUGCAUCAGCGGCAGCUCAUCCACCUUGCUGCACCGCUAGCACAGGAGCUAGCCAGUGUAAGCAGAGACUGACGGCGCCAGUCUGCCGGAGAUAUAUACGAAUAUGUCUUCAACCUAUGGCAGCGAUCGUGUUUUUAAAUAACUUGCAAGUCGGCAUCAAAACAUCAGGGGCUGUUAAAUUUACAUUGUAGCCACUUAGCCAAGGUAGCUCGCUAGCUAACGUUGCCAGAAUUGUCUUUCAUAAAAGGGCAACGGGUGAACAGGAGACUAAGUGUCCCACCUGACGCUGUUUGUUUUUUGUUGGCGCUCCUUUUUUUAAUUGUUGAGGUUAAAGCAGGCACAUCGUCACAAGUACAGAAUGAAUGGGUUCAGCACAGAGGAAGAUAGCCACGACGGACCGCCUGCUCCGCCGUUUUACGGUCAGAGCUGCUGCCUGAUCGAGGACGGAGAACGCUGCGGCCGGUCUGCUGGAAACGCCUCCUUCAGCAAGAGAAUCCAGAAGAGCAUAUCACAGAAGAAGCUCAAACUGGACAUCGACAAGAGUGUGCGACAUCUCUACAUCUGUGACUUUCACAAGAAUUUCAUUCAGAGUGUUCGCAACAAGAGGAAGAGGAAGACCAGCGAUGAUGGAGGGGAAUCCCCAGAUCAUGAUGUGGAGGUGCCCGAGGUGGACCUUUUCCAGCUGCAAGUGAACACGUUGAGACGCUACAAGCGACACUACAAGCUCCAGACCAGGCCCGGCCUCAACAAGGCCCAGCUGGCAGAGACGGUGAGCCGUCACUUCCGGAAUAUUCCAGUGAACGAGAAGGAGACGCUGACCUACUUUAUUUACAUGGUGAAGAGCAGCAAGAGCCGCUUGGACCAGAAAGGGGACGGUGGCAAACCCCUGGACUAAACUUCCCCCACAACAAUCACAGCGGCAGCUACAACCACAACAACAACAACUGUAGCUACAGACAAAACCUGGACUUCAGUAACGGCUCCUCUGCACCCUCCUGCUCCCCUCUGAGAACAGGACACGAACUGCUGUUGUCCUUAAAGGACUCAAAACAGAAAUCCAGGGUGAGAUGAGUUCAUUUUGCCUUUUUGGCCCUCUUCACAGAAAUCCAGUCUCUCCCUUUUGACUUGGCCCUCUCCAAGGUAUUCCCUGAUUUACGAAAGCCAGGACCAUAAAGACUGCUGAUUACAAGGACUCACUCUGCAGAGUUUUAUGUCGUCAUACUGUAACACAACUGUGUCUAUAUGUACAAAAGAACAGCGUCCGACUCAAGCGACUCAGCUGAAUGCAGUAUCCUGCCUUAAGAGUCAAAAAAAUAACAAAACAACUUUUGGUAAUUUUGGUUUUCUUUGCCAAGUUGACUGUUAAACACGCUCACAGUGAGGAAUGCUUGUGCCAAACGGGACUGCGAGAUGGAGCUGAAUGAUGCGAUGAUAAGUGGGAUUUUUCCCUCUUUCUUCAUACGUGACUGUUGGAAAAGAAAUGCCACCCUGGUCUGAAGUCACAUCCAGAACAUUAAGGCUCAGGUUCACUCUUUAAAAGCUGCAAAUGGUGAAGAUAAUGAUUAUAAAUGUUGUGUAAAACAUUAAAGGAAGAAGAACCGAGUAAGGAUGUGAUACGUUGUGACUCAGUCUUCUAUUUGUUAGUGGUUUCUUUUUUUUUCUUUUUCUUUUGAACCUGUGAACAUACACAUGCUGAUUUCUUUAUUUCUGUAACCCAGUUUAAGUUUAAGUAAGCUUUAGUUCAGCCUUAAUUCCACAAGUUGUUCAAAGGUUGUGUCUGGUUGCAUAUAUCAUUUCUAUUUUCUUUUUUUUCCUUCCACAUUAAGUGAAAGCUGUUUCGCAUGAAUGGUCGGGCUGUAUUGUGCUGCCAUCCGACGGUGUUUACAGCGGAUAAAAUCUCUGCUCUUAAUUUCAUUCCUCCAAAGUGGGCUGACAGGUUAGCCUGGUGAAAGUGGGAGAAAAAAAUUUAUGUUCUUCUUUUAUUCACAAUUUUGAAUAUGUGUUACAUGUGGAUGCCCUUCUUCCGUAUCGGCGGGUGAGAUUUAAAAUUUAAAAAACUUAAAACAAACCUUUUCAUAGUGGUGAACCUGCUGCUGCUUCAGUCCAGCGCGAUUCAUUUGGCAGUAAAACGGCAUCAAACAGCAACAUGUUUUUUUUUUCUCUGUAUAGACUCAGUUAUUUACAUUUAAAG